AGAAAGUAAUAAAGAAAAGUAAAUUUUUUCCCUUUGACUUGAAUUGAAAUGAAAAAGUUGUGCAAUUUACGACAUUAAUACACAAAAUUAAAAACUUGGCAUCUAAUUAAAAACAUCUAGCAUCGCUUUUAAAAUAAUUUACUUCUCCACCUUGUAUUGAUAUAAACAAAAUUAUGUUUGGGUAUUUAGUAAUUAUGCAUUGAAAAUCGUGAAAUUGUGAAAUUAAAACAAAAAGAAUGCAAACAUGCAUCUCUAGGUGUCUCUUUCCGUUCACUUUAAACGAAAUCUAAUUUGUGAGAUGGCAAAUUGAGAGAUUACAGUGGCCACAGCAGUAGCGGCAAAUGCAAAACUUAGAUCAUUUUGAAAUUGACUGUCGAUCGGCUCGUAUGGUCGUGUUUAGAAAAACUUGAACCAAGAGUAUUAUAUAUAUAUAUAUUAUUCUAAUACUGAGAAUUCCAAUUUACUGGAAAAUAUUAAGUGCAUUUUAUUUUUAAACUAAAGACAAACAUCUAAAACAAAACCUCAUAAAAUAAUGGCUUUCAUUGCUGGUAAAGAAAAUAUCUCUGAAAAUAUGGAACGCUUUUCAUUGAAGAGUCCUAGGAAAAUCUUGACAGACAACGUAUCCAACGUUCGCAAUGGACAAAUUCCUAUGUUUAACGCCGACUCUCAAAUGAAAAUGCAACAGCAAGUGCUGCCGUCAUCAGAAGCAGCAGCAACAGCAGCACCUUCAGAGGUCACCAGUUUGGCUAACAAGGAAGCUGCUCCUUUUGAUCCUCAACUGGAACCAUUGUUAAGAGAGAAUCCUCGUCGUUUUGUCAUCUUUCCAAUUCAAUAUCAGGACAUCUGGGAAAUGUACAAGAAGGCCGAGGCAUCAUUCUGGACAGUUGAGGAAGUAGACCUUUCAAAGGACACAACUGACUGGGAAAACUUGACAUCAGGAGAGCGUCACUUUAUUUCGCAUGUACUUGCUUUCUUUGCUGCAUCCGAUGGCAUUGUAAAUGAAAAUCUAGUAGAACGUUUUAGUCAGGAAGUUCAAGUGACUGAGGCUAGAUGCUUCUAUGGCUUCCAAAUCGCCAUGGAAAAUGUGCAUUCUGAAAUGUACAGUAUUCUGAUUGAUACCUACAUCAGGGAUCCCAAAGAGAGAGACUAUCUGUUUAAUGCCAUUGAAACAUUGCCAUGUGUUAAGAAGAAGGCCGAUUGGGCAAUGGCAUGGAUCUCAAGCAAAUCAGCUAACUUCGGUGAGCGUAUUAUUGCCUUUGCUGCCGUUGAGGGAAUAUUCUUCAGUGGUAGUUUUGCGUCGAUCUUCUGGUUGAAGAAGCGUGGCCUUAUGCCAGGCUUGACAUUCUCCAAUGAAUUGAUUUCUCGUGACGAAGGUCUUCAUUGUGACUUUGCUUGUUUGAUGUUCCGCCAUUUGGUGCAGAAGCCAAGCAAGGAGCGCGUUAUUGAAAUCAUCUCCGAAGCAGUAAAAAUUGAACAGGAAUUCCUUACUGAUGCAUUGCCCGUUAAUCUCAUUGGAAUGAAUUGUGAACUUAUGUCGCAGUACAUUGAAUUUGUUGCCGAUCGUCUACUUCGUGAAUUGGAAGUUGGAAACGUUUACAACACACCUAAUCCCUUCAGCUUCAUGGAAUUGAUUUCCCUUGAAGGCAAGACAAACUUCUUUGAGAAGAAAGUGGGUGAAUACCAAAAAUGGGGGGUGACAGCGAAUCCAUUGAACAAUGUGUUUACUUUGGAUGCAGACUUUUAAUCCCAAAUCUUUUAUACCUGAUUUUAGAUAUUUAAUCCUAAGUUUUAAGUUCUCUCUUCUCACAUUCGUCAUUUUGGGUUUUUCGAAUUGGUAUGUUCACAUUGUCGAGUUUUUUUUUCUUCCUUAAACAAAUAGUUUUUAAACAUUUUAUAAUAAUUAAUAUCAAUUUAUUUAAUAUUUGAUUUAUUACUGUUUGUUUUAUGAAAAAAAAUCUUGAAUUACCUAUUUUAUUUUUCAUUGUAAAAUUUCUUUCAUCACACGUCAUUUGACACGAAUCUAUUCAUCCUAAACAUAGUAAAUAAAAUGUGUACUAACACACACAUGUUGUAAAUAUAAAUAAAUAAAUAUAAAUAAUUACAAAAUAAAAACUAAA